AUGCGAGGCAUGCAAAAUGAUAUUCAAAAGGAAAAUCAAAUUCGACAAGGCAAGUCUUUCUGUCGCACCGUCAUACUAUUGGUUAUUGACUCGACGCUUCAUUAUGUGCAGCAUAACGAGGAAGAUACACGUCAUGCAACAAUUGUUGCAUUGAAGAACCAGGGCACCUUAACAUGCAGGGAAUGCAAGUCGGACUUUAGAUUCUACUUUAGCCUCGCAGAUCAUAUUCUUGCGACUAAGCAUAACCAUGACUUAGAUCCAGCAAUUGUUCCUGCUACCACCAAUACCAAAGUGUCGACGAAAGGAAACCAGUCCAUAGCAAAUCGCCCACGCGACAUGAAGUGCGUUUUCUGCACGGAUUUGUUCAAAAGCCCCUCUGGAAUCUCUCAACACAUCGAGGCGGGUGUACACGAGUUCCACCGCCACCAUGUCACCGCCGCAAUCAAAAGCAUGGGCGUCGUGCCUCAAAUCACCAUUCAAGACUACACCAACAGCGCCACCCCGCCGCCCGUGCCUGCCAUCACCACCUACGUCGCAACGGCGGCUGCCUUCAAUGGCAGCGCCUACGCGUGCUUCCUCUGCGAGGCGACAUUUAAGUCCCUGCCCGCACUCAAUAGCCAUUUAAAUUCGGCGGCACACGACGCCGCCGAGUUUAAAUGUCCGAAUGUGAAGUGCGGCAGGGAGUUCACCCUCAUCUCGGGCUUGAUACAACACCUCGAGAGCAAGUGCUGCGGGCUCGCGCCGUUGGUGGAGAUUGACGGGUACUUCGAGAAGCUGGAAGAACAAUUCUCGCGCACGAUGGAGACGCGCCAGAUCAGGUCCACCGUAUGA